UGUAAUUGGUUAGACUUUACAACCUUCAGAGAGUGUGUGUCUGUUCAGAAAGAAAACCAGGAAGCAAAUGUAGAGUCCAACAAUGCAAACAUGUAAAAGUUGCUUCAGGUAACUCCGGCCCGGCUCCGUGAUCCUCGGGAUUGGCACUACCCAGGGGCACCCCCCACCCUACACACACACACACACACACACACACACACGGGCACAGAGAAGCUGCAGGGCUCCCCUCCUGGAACCCACACCCAUGGAGGCUGCGCAGCUCACCGAGGACGAGAUGGCUGAAAUAAAAAAGGAAGUUUUAGAGAAACUGAGGCCGUACUUGUGUGAGAAAGUCAUUGCAGAAAGGCAUUUUGAUUACCUGCGAGCAAAAAGGAUAUUGUCGAAGGAAGAUACAGAGGAGAUUUCCUACCAGGGAUUGAAUAGACGAAAGACUGGAAAGUUACUGGAUUACCUGGCAGAGAACCCGAAAGGCUUGGACACGCUGAUCAACUCCAUCAGGCGGGAGGGCACACAGAACUUCCUCGUUCAGAGAAUAACAGACGAGGUGCAGAAGAUUAAAAACGAAAAGCUGAUCCAGAAAGCAGGAACUUUCUCGAGCAGUUGUGAGAUGUUCAAAGAUAUAUCUGGAUCCAAUAACCUGUCCGUGUUCCCAUCCAUUGAGUCCAACAGUCAGAGGACAGAAGCAAACAUCCUGUUUCAUCCUGAAGGUGAAUACAGCCCAGUGCCGUCAGCUUCACCCACUCUCUCUCCACUGGAUUUGAAAUCUAUGUCUUUGUUGGAGAAGGCAGGCACACUGAGCAAUGUGGAAACCAUGCCUACAACAUUAUCCCUCCCGAGGCCAGGGGAGCCAGGAGCUCCUUCUCUUCCCCCUGAACUUGAAGCAGAGUCUGAUGGAGCCUGUAGUAAUUCCAGUGAUGCUGCAUUUUUGCCUUUGCGUUCCCGUGCACCGUGACCAGUCACCAUCCUGAAACUGACCUGCGUUGAAAACCCAUGGAUAUUGAUGUAGAAAAUCACACAGUGUCCGAUGUUUAUGGUUCUAUAUGUCUUUGUUAAAUUUGGGUACAAUACUGGUUGCUUUUGUAAAUGUAUAAUUGCCUUAAGUUUUGUGUUACAUUUCCUAUGAGCAAAGCCCCUGCUCUUCACAGCAUGAAGCAGUUAUUCCCAUCUUUAUGAGCUUUCCAGCAGCUGUGGGAGCUGGCAAAGUGUCACCGGUAACUUUACUGACUCUGGGUCAGCGUGUGUGUUUGUGUCUGUGUGUCUGACUGUGUCUGUGUGUAUGUGUGUGUGCGCGCACGUGUGUCUGACUAUGUUUGUGCGUGUGCGCUGUCUCAUUAUCUGGUGUGUCUGUGUCUGUGUGAGUGUGAGUGUACACAUGGACCUUCCACACACUGGGAGAAGGAAACCAUUGAGUUCUUUAUGGCGAUAAGCUCUGUGGCCUGUAGCUGUAAUACCACAGUAUACUGGGUGCUGCCAUGUUCUUGGCCCUGCUGACUGCUUUACAGGCACCAGGACAGUGACAGAGGAGAACCUUAUGUGGUUGCAGUAGGCGAUAAGAUUGGGCCAGAGCACCGUGCGCGCGUGUGUGUGCUCCACCCAACCCCUCCACCACCCACCCCAGACUGGGGCAGUGGGAGAACACCCUCUUUCACUUUCACUGGGCCAGCUCUCCCAGCAGGUGAUUGGGGAACUAGUGAGUCAAGGCCCAUAAAUGGCCAAACAUUAUCCACAUAAGGGUCUUUGUUGCCAGCACAGCAAGGAAGUUUCCAAGGGGUAUAACUGCCCAGGUUUCUCUCCAGGGCCAAUCUGCCUAAUUAUUCCCCCUUUUCACCACCUCAGAGAGGGGAAAUAAUUCCUGCUCUUUGACUCUAUAGUAACCCAUGCUCAUACUGACAUAACCAAUUUAAUUCUAUUCACUCACUUGCAUUUUAUUUGUUUUAAAUCUGUACAUAGGAAAUUCAAACAUAACCCUCAAGCGUUCAUUUUCUGCUACGUAAUCAUCAUAAUGGGGCCUAUUGGUGUUGACUUCUUUGCGAUAGAAAUUCUUUUGGUUUUUGUUGAUGUAUUAACAAGUAGAAACCUAACCUGAGAAGGAAUAAUGUUCUCAAAUCUUUUAUCCUGCCAGAUGACUGGAGGUAAACGGGAAAGAUGUGAGUGG